ACAUGACUGCAGCUGUCAAUGAGGCCGAAACCAGCAAAUCCGAUGAAAAGGCUUUGACUUUUACAUUUUUCUUAACAUUAUUUUAUUUAUCCGUUACACUGAAAGACCAUUUUGAAGGAUAUUGUAUUUGUUUGUGCAAUUUUGAGGUGUUCAGUUUUAUUUUGGUUUCAGAAAAUAUGCGUGUCCUCACAAAUCAGCUCUUUUUUUUUUCCUGUGCCUUGUAUUGGACUUGGUGCUUGUUUGUAUCGUAUCUUAUCUGUAUCUUAUCUUAACUUGUUAGCCUCCUGUAUAUACAGCCCUAGUAUUUCUUUAGUUCUUUGUAAGUUGUGAGUAGUCUGUUUGCACGUCAUUCUGUUCUCUGUUGCCUAUGGUUUUUGACUUAUUGUUUGUUCUAGCUUUUCCAUGAAAUGUCUGCACACAGAUCCUUGCCUCUGCCCGUUCCCUCAGCUUCUCCACAACAUUACAGCUUGUCUUAGAGGCUCACGGAGCAUUGAGGCGACCUGAGCGCGGCGCGCGGGUGGAACAGGACGAGCUUCGCUUAAUUAACGGAGCGUGAGCCCUGCAGGAAUGCCAGCGAGGCGCUGCUUGGAGAAGGGGUGCUAAGCCAGCAUGCUAUGAGAUGAACAUAUGAAUAGAAGUACAAAUGGCUGAUCUUAAAGUCCUCUUUUGUGGUCAAGACGCUGUCCAGACAGAUCACCUUGACUGGUCCCUAAAAUACCAGCAAAGUCAUCACUCAGUGUGUGCAGAUGAAAGGGUCCUUUCCAAUGAAGAGUGCUGCCAGGCAUAUCUGGAGGAGAAUGUUAAUGAGGCGAACAGGCUUUCAGAACCAUGGACAGCGACUCUGCCAAUUGGACGACUCUGCAAACUCAAUGAAUGGGGAUUUGAUGAAGAAAUUGAGGUAUGUUACGAUGAGCAGUUUGAAACAGCUUUUCCUGGUGUGGCUGACUUUACUGACCAUAAAGACAGUCAGUUGUUAGCAGAUGAGACCAACUAUGACAACUUCAGUUGGAAUUCUUCCAAAGAUCUCCAAGAAGGCGACCCAGAAUGCUCCCUGCUGUCAGUUGACGAUUUCAUGGUGGAUUCAUCAGAAAAGUCAGUGGAUUAUGGAUUCAUAGGUGCUGUUACCUUUUUAGUUACUGGGAUUUCCUUGGUUGUCAUCUCCUACACGGUCCCACGUGACGUCAAGGUGAAUCCCGAUACAGUUUCUGCCCGGGAGAUGGAGCGGUUGGAGAGAGAUAACGCCCGGGUGGGUGCUCACCUGGACAGGUGUGUGAUUGCAGGACUGUGCCUCCUCACACUCGGUGGUGUGGUACUGUCAACCCUGUUGAUGAUCUCCAUGUAUAAAGGGGAGAUGAUCAGGAGACAAGCAUUUGCUUACUCCAAGCACCAAGCCAGACUCUAUGGCUCUAUGAAUUUUAGAUGUGCAGCGAACCCGACCGGAGCUCCUUCGCUUUUGUCCCUUGAUGAAGAUGAAGGUCCUGUUGAAGUCUUAAGUUGAAGCUGAGAUCAGCAUCUCCAUAUGAAAAUAUGAUCAAAACAGCUUUGUUAUACUGUGAUCUAGGAUGACACACUGUAAAACACAGAUUAAAAUACUUAAAAAACAAUAUUGUUAAUUUAAUAACGUCUAAAUUUACCUUUAAACUACUAUAUUACUGCUAAAUGUGAGUCUAAUAAACUUGACUGCAAUGGGACAAAACAACAAAAUCCAGUCAGGAUAAAAUUCUACCCCUUUUGCUUCGCAUUUAAUGGACAAAAUGUAACAUACCAACAUGGACUUGAGUACUGUUUAUGUUAAAAAAUAUAUUUGUGUGAGUCUGUGCAUUUUUCCAAAACAUAUGUUCAUGUAAAUAUACAGCAUGCUUUGCAAGU